UUCUCUCUCACACAGAGCAGGGGACAGGACAACAAUGUUAAGCAUCUCAAGGCCAAGCACGACGAUAGGAAGAUAAAAAGCCAGUUUUCCCAGGCUCUGACAAACAAUACCUUGUGCAGGAUCCCCCCGUCUGGUCACUCCUACCUCCGCCUGCCGUCGCAAGCAGCCGCCGCCGCCGCUGUCCUCGUGUUCGCCCGCCGCCGUCCAUCCGUCCAGAGACCCGAGAUGUCCUUUGCCUUCGUCGCCGUGAUGGCACUGAUGUGCUCCUCCGUGGUGAUUGCAUUCGUCCUGCAGCCUUCCAAGCAAGAAGCUGCGAUGCCACAAGACCCCAGCAGCAGGCGCCAUGGAGAGUCCCUGCAGUCCAUCCGCAAGGAGCUCCUGGCCGCCCUCAACCUGCAGACCGAGCCACGACUGCCGGAAGGGGCCAGGGAGCAGUGGAGUGGAACUGCCGAGCGUCUCAAGGCCGUGGCAGUUUCAUCUGCCUACUCCUCCGAUGAUGCGAGGGACACCUCAGGGUGCUGCACUGAGACCUCAGAGGUUUUCAUGACAGAUCUGGGCUGGGACAAUUGGAUGAUCUAUCCUGAGCGCCUCACCUUGGUGCACUGCGGCCACCGUGAGCCCUGCAGGCCCCAGCAGCCCAACGCCCCUCAGCGUGAUGACUCGCAGGUCCAGGCGCCAUGUUGCCAGCCCACUGCACAGGAAGAGGUCCACGUCAUCUACAGGGACGAGUCGAACACCGUGGUCAUCACCUCCAUGCGCCUGACCCGCCGCUGCGGCUGCCCAGCCGCCCUGCAGCCCCACGGGGAGUAACGUUUGUCACCUGUAGCGCACUACAGCUCCUAAACUCCAAAACACUUGAAUAGCUUCAUGUACUGCCGUAAUAUCGCACUGUAAAAAGCUCUUUGCCAAGAAAUUGAUCAUCAAUAAAACAGAUGACAGCAUUUAAAAAACAACCUCCUAAAAUUUACCCAUUUUGGGCAACCUGCUGACUUCCGUGGCGUUUUAGCCAAUUAAUCCGCCUCAUAAUACAACCAGGCCCAAAUACUUACCACUUUCACCUGCUGCUACUGCUCCUUAAUGUAUUUUUCUUGGGGGCUUUUAACACAGCGCGUGGGAACCUUGGAAAGCUUGCUCAAAGGUUUGCAUUCCUGUUUCUUCAAGCACCAGAACAGCAGAGGGUGAAACCUCCAUACUAUCACAUUCGCUUUUUUUUGGGGGGGGAAUCCAAAUAUUUUCUUUUCUAGAAAUGACCAUGUGACGCCACGCACUUGACACACUCGAGAUUUAUAUCCUCGGAAAACCUCCCGGGCGUCGGGGGCAGCUAUUUAAAGCCGCUCACGGAUACCGAGUGUUCCCUUCCAAAAAUGUGCAAAUGUCCCAGAGCCAAACGCUCUGCGCAAAAAGUAUCCCCUCUUAUGGAGAAAGAAGUCGCUUUGGUUUCAACAGGAACCGUCCCCAGAUCAAGUGAAGGCUUAAAAUUACAUACAGAGACAAAGUUGUUGUUUUUAUGUGCAAAUCUGCAAGGGAGCUGUAUGAAUCUUUUUUUUAUUUUAUUAAUAGAUAACGUGUGCUUUUAUAGAUGAACGAUGUCCAAUGGAAGGCACGGAUGUCUACAUUUUGUCAUGUUUUAGUUUUUUCAAAUCCAAAACGCAAGAAAAACUCAGUAGGCUCGAUGGCGCCCUUGCAAUUUUUCAAAAUUGAGCCCUCAAUGCCAGUUUCACUUAGCAACAUAACAUUUAUUCUAAAUGUGUAUUAUGAGGUAACCCAGAACGUUUGAUGUGGCCAUUUUAGGGUCAUUUCAAGAUAGACCUCUCUGAGAUUUUGUCCUAAUGCUGUCAAAUUGAAACUAUGUACAAUUGAUCCAAGAGUGAUGCUAAAUUGCCAGUAAUUUUGUUUUUGUCACCAGACAAUGACUUUAAAUUCAGAAAACGGAAUUUAAGACUUUGUUGAGGCCACUUUGAUCAAGUUCAAUGUGAGGAUACAUGACCAUGUUUAGAAAUCUUGUAAUAAUAAUGUAAAAUUCAGGAAUAAUGGACUAUAAUUAAUUGUGACUUGCGACGUGUCAAUCAUUUGCCGCACACUCGUGGGCAUACCCAUUUCAGGCACACAGCCGCGGGCUCACAAAAAAAAAUGACAUUUCAAACCAAUAACAUUUAGCGGUAAAGUAACACUCUUAGGAAUAAAAUGCUUUUCUGGGGUAACAAUGGAACAGGUCGACACGAAGCCGUGGGCGUGUGUCCGUGAUGAGUUACACGAGUGAGUGCUGAGCUGAGUUUUUAAUUUUUUGUAAUUUUUUUGGUCAUCAUUGGUUAUAUAUUUUUUUACAGGGUUACCUCACAUGAAUAUUUUUUUCAUAGUUUAUGUUAUCCGUAGCACCGCAACCUAACCGUAUGUAUGCUGAUGAAACAUUCUGUUACUGAGUUCAUGAUUCACUGCUUCCGUUUCUUGUUUAAUAAAGGCUAUCGAAAUCAA